UUAGCUCUAAGGACUUCCACGAAAAGUCAUUGCGCAAGGGUGCAUACGACGUCAGUGGCCGGCUCGCUCUCGCACGACUGACAACGCUCGCUGAAACGUUUGAUGUCAAAGGACACGACGCCUCUCUUUCUGUGCUACUGUGCAACGCCUGUUGAAGACCGAAGCCCACUUUUGUCCACUGAGCUCGCGCUUUCAAAUAAACAACAGGAGCACUUGGCGAAGAUGCAGAGGAGAAGGCCGGCCUGCCAAAUAAUAGAUGGAGUUCCGAGAUGCACUGUACUGAAUCCCGACAGAUUAAGAGAAGCACUGAACUUCAAGGCAAAGGAAGGAGACCUCGUGCAAAUAACAUUUCCAAAGAGCGGAACGCAUUGGCUGAUGUUCAUCACGCAACUGAUUCUCAGAGACGGACAACCGAUGACGAACUACCAAGAAUUUGCCAAAGAAUGGCGCUUCCUCGAGUACAUGGACGUCAAGGACUACAGCUCAUCUCUGCCUCUGAGGACAUUCGUUACGCACUUGGCGUUAGACAAGAGUACGAUGACCGAAGAAGGUAAGUACGUCUACCUCGCCCGCAAUCCGUGGGACGUCUGCGUGUCCUUCUACCUCAUGAUGAUCAACUGGAGCAAUUUCAAAUUUCAAGACGCAACGUUCGAAGAUUUUGUCGACACAUUUGUAAGUGGCAAUUUCGGCUACGGCGACUACUUCGAACACGUGGCAGCGGGCUACGCUCAUCGGGAGGAAGCGAACGUGCUCUUCUUGACUUACGAGGAACUCAAGGAGAACACCCGAGAGGUGGUGCUGAGGCUGGCGCAUUUGUUGGGAGAAGAGCACGGCCGUGCUCUGGAGAAAGACGAAGCGUUGCUCCAAAAAGUGCUGGAGCGAUCGAGGCCAGAAUACAUGCGCAACGUGGUGGUCGUGGAUUUGAGUGCCGGAGACAACCCCCAGUGGAACGAGGUGUUCUCGCGCGAGAGGAUCACCUGCAUCGAAGGCCACGAAGGAGAAAAGGACAAGUAUUCGUACGUAAGGAACGGCAAAGUUGGAAGCUGGAAGGAUUACUUCUCGCCCGCUCUGCUUCGAAAGAUGGAGCGCAGGAUUCUGGAGGCGGAGAAGCAAUCUUCCUUCAUGGACCUCUGGAAGGACAUCCGACUUGAAGCGAGGAAACGCAUGCAAGAUACCGAAUAAAGUGCCACAUACCCUACUGCUU